AUGCGCAGCCAUUUCCAACGGAGACAGAGUCAACUGACUCGUCUGCACUGUUGUGACCCUGUGCGGAUCAAAGGGAACGGUAUCGUUCACGGGACUGCGAGACCCCGCAUCGAUGGACGAAAAGAAGCGGAGCAACAAGGUUAUUCUGCUGCAACUGCCGCAUCAGCCGCAAGUGCCAAGGACCGCACCGCGGCUUUUGGGCCGAACAAGCCACAUCGUAUAAGAAGCAACGUUGCGCCCCCUCAUACCCUACAUCGUCGUCUCAACAAGAAACCUCAUUACCCCGUUGCAGCAGCGAUGACAUCUACAACCGACUCUACCGCCCACAUUAUGGGUUGUGGCAGAUACCUCCGCGAGCUCGAUCCGGAAGAAUCCUCGUUCCGUUAUGCUGUCGACCCAACAUGGUAUCCGCAACGCCUCACUGCGCGCGAGGUAGCUAUGCUCAACAUCAUGGACGCUCUCACCGAAAAGCAAGAUUGGCAUCGCAAGAUUCAAGAUCCAGACAUUGUUUCCAAAUGGCAGACUGAAGCACUCGAGCAGUCUCCCAUCAUGUCCCAAAAGGCUUUCGACUGGUGCAUCUUCGAGCUCAAAGACAAGGCCGAGUGGCUCCAACGCACCGGCAUGAUCCGCACGCUUGACACACACAACCGUUGCAUCAAGUCCGACACAUUGCUCACACCCGACUUUUUGGACAGCUUGAAGAACGCUACAAGGCCUUUGCUUGAGCAAGAGCCAAAGGAUUGGCAUCCUCGUUCCAACGACCAAGUAUUGGAUCUUGUUCAUCCUUCGCUGUACCCGCUCGUGUAUGGCAAAACCCACUACCUUGCACAGGGCAGCGUCAAUCUCGAUGCUUGGCAUCAGGCUACUCAAGGUACGCCUUUUCCGGAGCAGGCUAAACCGCCACCCGAAAGGAGAGGGUUCAGAGCGUUCGCCACAGAUCCCACCACAUUGUAUUCUGAUCGCUUCCAAUGGCUGCCUUGCGACGUCGCCUUCGAAGGUGAAAUUGGAACCAACGUGUCGAUCCGCUCCUACAUCAACAAUCUCGAGCCUACCGCCAACAGUGUUCUCUACACACUCAUCGAGCAAGCCAUCUCUUUGUCGAUCGAGCCUUGGAACCAGGUACUCGUCUACGGUUCUAAAGGAAGGACCCCUCUACGAAUCGAAUGCACGCAAGUGGAAUGGGAGCCAGAGGAUCAACCUGAAUGGCUCUCCGAGCCGGAAUGGGAUACCACUGACGACGACCUGGACCCCGACACACGAGUCAAGAUCGACGAACUGCUCGCCACCCCCGACGAUCCAGAGUUGGUCAAAUACAUGGGGCCCUUUGACCUUGACGAAGCCAUGGCAAAAACAGACGACAGCCUCUUGUGGAUUGCUAGGGAGAAGUUCAACCACACUCGACGCAUUGUCCAUCCCGAGCCAGGUGACGAAGAUGCCUAUCAGGAAUGGCGUGAUAGAUUGAGCGGAACGUACAACGCGCUUCUCGACCCAGACAUGGCCUACAGUCAAGAUUGCUAUGAGCUCCAUCUCGAGCAGAGCUACCGCGACCGCGGCUUGCAGGUCAUCGUCAAGCUUGCCAGCAUUGAACUGACUCCGGACAAGCCGCAAUAUGCCGGUGGAAACUGGCAUGUCGAAGGGAUGAUGAACGAGCACAUUGUCGCGACAUCCAUCCUCUACUACGACGUCGAGAAUGUCACGACGGCUCGCAUUUCUUUUCGACAGAACGCCAACUUGGACGACGAGGAAAUGGAAUACGAGCAGGACGAUCACGGUCCCUUCUGCGUGGUUUUCGGCACAGACUCGCUCCGGGACGAGGCCAAGCUGCAACAGCUCGGAAGCGUUGCAACCCCCAAUGGCAGACUGCUUGCCUUCCCAAACACUUUGCAACAUCGAGUCGAGCCGUUCGAGUUGAUCGACAAGAACAAGUCGGGUCAUCGACGCUUCCUGGUCCUCUGGUUGGUAGAUCCAAACUAUCACCUUCCGAGCACAUCCAUCGUCCCACCUCAACAGCAAGGCUGGUGGUCGACAAAGCUCGGUUCAGACGCCUCAUUGCAAGGUCGCGGUCUUAUCACGCUCGACGAAGCCAAGGCUCUCAGACUCGAGUUGAUGGACGAACGCACGAAAGGAGAGCAGGCUACGGCAGGUGCUACCGAGGAAUAUAAUUUUUGCGAGCAUUAG